AUAAACAAUAGAGGCAACUGCAAAAAAAAACUGCUGAAAUUGAUAACGGGUAUCUUGUAGUAUUUUAUAUCAGUACCUUGGCGUCUAUUAUAUGAAACAAUCGCAAAAAUUGUAAUAAAAAUGUACUCACAGCGAAUUAAAAAUGGUAUUAUAUACGGGGAUGACAAUAUCCCGCCUACGCCGAAUUUGAAUUAUGGAGCGGUUGCUUUGGAGAAAAUUUUAUCACACGAUCCGAAUGGGGUUGCAUUGAUUGAUGGUGCUAAAGGAGAACAAAUAACAUUCGGUGAGAUGGCACGGAAGAUAGUCAAUAUUGCUUCAUCUCUAACAAAGCUGGGUGUGAAGGUCGGUGAUGUAGUAGCUAUAUGUAGUGAGAACAGAAUCGAAUACCUCAUAGCUACUAUAGCUGUUUUCUGUUGUGGCGGUGUUGUUACUUUUUACAACCCAGCCUACACUAAAGAUGAUCUUAUCCACGGCCUUAACAUUUCUAGACCGAAAUAUGUUUUCCUUUCGGGAGAAAUAUAUGACACACAUUUCGCUACUAUGAGGCACGCGAGCAUCAUCUCUAGAUUCAUAUUAUUCGAUAAAAUAAGAUCACUGCACAGUCACGUGCUCUUCAAAGAUUUAGAGAAUAGUAAAAUUGAUAUAAAUAACUAUCAACCAGUUAAAUUUCAAGGUCAACCCAGAACUGCUAUGAUACUCUAUUCAUCAGGAACAACGGGUAUGGCCAAAGGAGUUAAACUAACACAUUUAAAUUUGAUUGCAAGCUCCUACCAACUACGACCAAUAACAAAAAACACAAUAAAAUUUACGGUUGCACCAUGGUCUAGCACAAUGGGAAUCUUGUGCAGUCUCCGUGAGAUCUUAUAUGGAAGAACACUUGCGUUUUUGGCAAAGUACGAAGAGGAUUUAUUCCUCCAAACUAUACAAAAGUAUAAGGUCGGAGUUCUUAUUAUUGCACCACCCCUCAUCGUAAUGUUAACUAAAUCAGAAUUAGCUAAUAAAUACGAUAUAAGUUCAGUUGAGUUUAUAUACUCAGGAGGUGCACCAAUCGACAAAGAGUCUAUAGAAAAAGUUAAGCAAAGGUAUUCAAAUAUUAAACACGUCCUGCAAGGCUACGGGAUGACAGAAGCGACAGGUGCUAUAACGGACGACUUAGAAAUCGCACCAAAGGAAGGCAGUGUCGGAAGGGCUGCACUAGGAAUAAUAAUUAAGAUAUCUGAUCCUUUUACCAAUAAGACACUUGGACCUGGCGAACCAGGCGAAGUCCGUAUUAAAGGUUUAACUUUAUUUGAAGGUUACGUCAGAAAAGAUAUGAAAAAUGAAUUUGACGAGGAAGGUUUUUACAAAACAGGUGAUAUAGCGUAUUACGACGAAGAUGGCUACUUCUUUAUUGUGGAUAGAAUAAAAGAACUUAUCAAAUACAAGGCAUGGCAAGUCGCACCCUCAGAACUUGAAGGUCUGAUACUGAAGCACCCGGCCGUUAAAGAUGUUGGUGUUACUGGCGUUCCCGACGAACUUGCCGGGGAACUACCUACGGCCUUUGUGGUGAAGCAACCAAACUCCACAGUCACGGAACAAGAUAUUAUCAAACACGUAGCAAAUAAGGUCGCUCCAUGGAAGAGACUGCGAGGAGGUGUAAUAUUUCUAAAUGAGAUACCAAAAACUCCGAGCGGCAAAAUUCUGAGACGAAAACUACUAUCGCUGCUGCCGAAGCGAAGCCCACUAAAGCUACCUGCCAGCAAAUUGUGAUCCCGAGAGGACUUUGAAUAUUGAAUUAUGAAUUAGUAAUGCCGCUGCUGUUUUCUACAUUAAACAUAAAAUCUUUGAUAGUUUAUUUCUAUAUGAGUCUGUUAAUAACUAAUUUAAUAACAGUCAUUUUGUAGAUUUUUUAAAUGUCUUCAAAACAUAGGAAAAUUAUGAGAAUAUUUUUAACAUCAAAGAUGUUUUUAGUAUUAAUGCCUUAUGCGAAAUAUUCGGCUUUUCUUGAUAUAAAAUUUAAGCGUUCUUUUGAAGAUGAUAUUUAAUAAUAUAAUAGAUGGUUCUGGAUGUAUUCAAAAUAUUACUUAUUGGAUUUUAUUCCUUGA